AUGCCGGACUCGUCAACACAGCUUCACUUACGGCAUUACGAUGUUUACGGCGACUCGAAGCCCGCGUCUCAAUUGCUUCGCCGAGUCAUCUCUCCAUCACCAAGCAAGAUGAGCCUCAUCCGCCAACUCCUGGAAUCGAUUCCAGAGCGCGAGCGUGAGAUGGAAAAGGAAGACUACUCCAAGUGCACCUUACGCGCAAAGAAAGGAUACGAUCGCCGCAGUGGUCGCUCGAUCAUGGUGUUCAAGAUAAGUCGUCCAAACAAGAAGAAACAGCCUUGUGGUAUGGUCGACUGUCGGGUUUGUGGAGUCUUCUGGCGCAUGGAAAUGGAAGAUCUCGAAAAGCGUGUUCCAGGCUUCGUCUCGGAGCAGGUCGUCCCCAAACAAUCGUUGCGCAAGAGAUUGGGUACAUCACCGGCGCCGUCCACGACUGGAUCUACCACGUCGACCUUGACUGAGUUCACCGAGAUCUCCGAAAUCUCGCAAGAGCUGUUGGGCCACAGCUUCGACUCCGGAAUCCCUACGCCUUCAUCAACACAAUCUUCCGCCACAUUUUGCGACUCAUCAACUGCAAGCAUACAGUCGACUCCCACCAAGUCUCUCAGGAACAGCAACCUCAACGGACCACACGAUCUGCCGUCCCCUUCUUCUUCAACAACAUUGGCCGACUUGAGUGGUGACUCCAAGCUCUUCAAUGGCCAACAUCUGCCAGUUCAUCCUUCGGUACCGGCCUUGAACGAAUUCAACUUGCGUAGCCGCCGUUCCGCCAUCUUCAAGAACUCUGCCCCCUCCGUCGUUGGCUCUUCGAGCGCCAUGUCCACCUUGACCCAAUUCUCGGAGCUGGACACUGCCUCAUCACUCUCGACCCCACCAAGCAGCCUCUCUUCGAUCCCACUUACCGUAUCUUCGGCCAGAACCACCAGCACACCCCACUCGCCAUACAAGGUCAUCAAAGUCCGCAAGCACAGAGAGAUGACUAAGUUUGCCGAUGGCUCGGAGUGGAUUCCAGCAACCCUUGCGCGCGUCCAAGAGUACAUCGCCUCUCAAGGCGAACGCCGUCUGCCUCUAUCAUACCGUCUAAUUGUGGCCAGACGCGCUCUGGGUGGUUCGAGAGUGGGCGCACAGUUCGAGAAGGGCAUUCGAAAGGUCGAUCUCAAAGCUGGAGUAAAGCCACAGACCAGAGCCGAGGUUUUGAGCCGUGGACUGAAGUACUUCCCUAACGAUGGAUUCCAGACGCAGAAAUCCUAG